GCAAGUUUUGUAAACAAAAUUUGACAUUGAAGUUUUGAAAUGGAAGAAUGAGGGUAGCAGUUCUUUUUUCAACAAAUUCUGUGCUCAGAAGUCAGAAAUUACAUCUCAAACUCUUCAAUAUAUCACGUAGCUUUGGAACAUCUACGUCAUCUGAUGUGUUAAAUACAACAGACCAUUCCUUGACCAGAAAUGGCCCAUUAGAUGUUUACAAUCGAAGAAUUUCUAAAGGUGAAUUACAUGAAGAUAAACAUCAAAGAUGUGUAGUGGAAGAAUUACAAAGUUUACAUGAUAGACUAUUUAGUUAUCAACCACAACCAAAACCGACACAAUCAUGGUUAUCCCAAAAACUUGGUGGAAAUUCCAACUCCAAUGUUAUUCAACCUCCUCAAGGAUUGUAUUUAUAUGGAAGUGUUGGAUGUGGGAAAACUAUGUUGAUGGAUAUGUUUCACGAUUCAAGUUCUGUAGACAAAAGACAAAGAGUUCAUUUUAAUAAAUUUAUGUUAGAUGUUCAUAAAAGAAUUCAUGCUUUGAAGAAAUCAGCACCAAAAGUUACAAAUAUCAGACAUUCUCAUGCUUAUGAUCCUAUUGCUCCAAUAGCUAGAGAAAUUAGUGAAGAAUCUACACUGCUCUGUUUUGAUGAAUUUCAGGUUACUGAUAUAGCUGAUGCUGUUAUUUUGAGCCGUUUAUUUACUAAUUUAUUUGAAAGUGGUGUAGUAGUUGUAGCGACAUCUAACAGAGCACCAGAUGAUUUAUAUAAGAAUGGUUUACAAAGAGGUAAUUUUGUGCCAUUUAUUGGAGUAUUAAAAAAAUAUUGUAAGACUAUAUGUUUAGAUUCUGGUAUAGACUACAGAAUGAGGACCUUGCCUGCUGAAGGAAAAGUAUAUUUUGUGCACAGUGACUGUGAUAGUAAUAAAGAAUUAGAUAGAUUAUUCAAAGAGUAUGUCAAGAACCAGAGACAAGAUAUUUGUUCAAGAGAUUUAAUAGUUUUAGGAAGGAAAUUAACAUUACCUAAAACAUGUGGCAGAGUAUUGGAUACAACUUUUAGUGACUUAUGUAUGCAGGCUUUAGGAGCUGUGGAUUAUUUAGAAAUUAGUAAAGAGUUUGAUGUAGUGAUUAUGAGAGAUAUACCUACUAUGAAUUUGAGUAGAAAAACUGAAGCAAGAAGAUUUAUUACAUUUAUAGAUACUGUUUAUGAUAAUAAGGUAAAAUUAGUGUGUUCAGCUAAAGCAGAACCUAAAGGUUUGUUUACCACAGGCUCAUUAAGUCAUCUAGAUCAACAAGCUAAUAGAGCUUUAAUGGAUGAUCUAGGUAUAACUCCUGAAACUGCAACAGCUAGUGUUUUUACAGGGGAGGAAGAAUUAUUUGCAUUUGACAGAACCAUUUCGAGAUUAACAGAAAUGCAAACAGAGGAAUAUUGGAAUUUAGAUCGAGAAACUAGCAAAUUAUGAUAGUGGUAACAAUUAGGGAUAUUAUUAUGUUAUUGUUAUUUUAUAUUUGUUAAAACGGGUUGAAGUGGAAAACACAUUUUAUGUGUAAGAGAUAUAUGAUAUUUUAAAAUUAAGGCAGGGGUUCUAUACGGAUUGAUUUAGGAAAAAUAAUCAGUUGAAAUUAAUCCAUGAAAUUUUAGAAAAUAAAAUGCUCUUAUCUUAUUGUUUGUUUAGGAUUGAUGAAAAAAGUAAAGAAAAUGUGAUUCAUUCAACAAAAAUAAUUUAAUAACAAAAACUUAACAAUAUGAAGAAUCAAUUAUAUUAUGAACUUUCACUCUUCUGUUCUUCAAACUUAUCUGCUUCUUUCUGCCAUAAUUCAAUAUUUGUUCUGAAAUAGAUAGUUUAUUUUCUAUUACACAACUGCUACUCUAAUCUGAAUUCACUACCUUGCUGAUCUGCCCUUAUUCCAUAUUUGGGAAAUCCAAAACUCAGUUAUAUUGAUAAUAAAUGUAUGCCUGAAACAUGACUACAGCAUAAGUCCAAGUUUGGAAUCAUGUCUAUGGAGUUCAUAUCCACAACAUCAUAAGAGUUCUUCAAGCUCAUUUUUUGAUUGAUUUGUUUAUUCAUAAUGAAUAGAUUGUCAUGUUUCAAAAAUCUGAAACUGAGAUUUUGACGGUAAGAUCUACUAGUAUAUUUCUUACAAUGAUCCCUGUAGUAGUUUCUCUGUAGAUGGUAAUAUCUGUUUUAAUGUUGUAUAUAGAGGACAACCAAUAAACUUUAUAAAUCCAACCUUUAAAUAUAUAUACCGGUACUAUAUAUCAAACUAUUAUCAAUAAUUUUUUGUAAUCAUAUGCACAUACACAGAUAAUAAAGACUGACAAUAC